ACUCGGCGUUAUUGCAUACGGUAAUUAAGAGUGCAUUAAUAUCUUCUCCGUUCCAAAUUUUUGUGUGUGUAACCGGUCAGGGAUCCAAAAAGUUUCAAUACGAGAUAGGGUAUAAGAGCUACCCCAACUAAUAACCCUAACAAACCCAACUAACCCCCAUUGGUAUCAGAACAGUCACGAUCCUUCUUCAACAAAUUUGAUCAAUUGCCCUAGUCAACACAAGAUCAAAGUAGCAAUGGAAGAAUCCAUCCAGAAGAUUUUUGAACAGCAUCAAGAAGGGAUGAACCGGCAACUGCUAGAACAUCAAAGGUCAAUGGAUGAGCAAUUUCGAUCAUUCACAUCAUUAUUACACAAGCUUCAAUCAUCAAAUGUCAGCACCAAAACAGCAGUAGGAAGCUCGCCUAUGCACACCGAAGGUAGACAUCCAUUUUCCUUUAACCCUAGAAUUGAAUUGCCUUUGUUUAUGGGGGGUAAUCAGAAAGUGACUUUAGCUUCAAUUCAUUUGGAGGGGAGGGCUAAGAUAUGGUUUGAAGGUUAUGGGCGAGCUAGGCCUAUUGUGGAUUGGGAGGAUUUUAUUGUGGAUUUGUAUGCAAGAUUUAAAGAUGAUAAACAUGUAUGUUCGAGAUUCAGUAAUGAUGCCGAUCACAAAUCUUUGUUGAACCAUCCAGCAUCCACAUCUAGCCCUUUGAUCACUCAGGAACCUUUUGGAAGAUGGUCUGAUGUACACGUGGAUGGUCUGGAAACUUAUCAAGGGCACACCAGCAUGGUUAAAUCUUUUAGUGUUAAUAAUGUCUCUCUUUUUGAGUCCUCAGCUGAUAACCCUGUGCAAAAGGACUCAUCAUAUUUGAAGUUGGAGUUCCAGGUUUCAAGAAAAACAACACUGAUUCCAGUUGACUGUUCCCAUUUAGUAGAACACCUCUCGUCCGAGUCUUGUGAUGAUUCAGAUGUGGCUAAGAGAGACAAAAGAGAAAUUGUUAAGGCAAAUGCUUCUGAGGAACAUAAAUCAAUGGCUAAGCUUGAAUCUGUGGCCAGGACCAAUAGUGCUGAGAGCUCUCAAUACUCUAACAGCAAGGUCCAGUUUCCACCACAAGGAAACCCAAGGUCUAUAUCUUUUGCUAUAGGAGGGGAAAUAAUGGCAAAUGGAUUGGACUAUUAUUGUGGUAAUCCAUUUGAAUGGGGACAUAAGUGUGAGAGAAAGGGGAUUCAGCCCUUUCUGGUGGAGCUUUUAGGGAAAAAAAUGGUUGAUCAAUUUGAGAUACCUGGUUGGGCAGCAAGGGCUGGCAGUGCAACAUCCAUUUCAAUUCACACUUUACCUGAGAACAGUGGUUGCCAAAUUAUGAGGAUGACAGGAUUUGUAGGGAAAAGGGCUUUACAAUUUUUGAUAGAUUUAGGAGGUACACACAGCUUUGGGGUUAAUAUGAUGCUCAUAAAGCUAGGUUUUUACCCUAAAUUCAGUAGGGCCUUGAGAAUAACAGUGACAACUGGAUACAACAUACAAGGUACCUCAGUCUGUAAAAAUAUCAUAGGAGUGCUGCAGAAUGGAAGCAAAGAGGCAUUACCUGUACUCUUCAAACUAUUAAAUGAGUAUGUCAGGGUCCAGGUUUUGCAAACCCCGGCUGGUCUCCCACCUAAUAGAAGUACUUUUGGUCCUGGAAUUUCACUGAAAGAAGGAAGCCAUCUGGUAACUCUCAUACCUUACAAACACUCGCAAAGUGAUGAAGCUCAUUCCCAGGAAAUCUGCAAGGUAAGUGUCAACUGUUCUAGACCUAUUCAGAUUUUGGACCAAAUAAGAAUAAGGAGGAGAAAUACUACCAGAAGAUAGUGGUUAGUUCCUUGGGCAGGACAAUUACAAGGGAAGAGAAAAUGUAAAGGGGUAUUAAGGAGGAAUGUCUUUAUGGAUGUUAUAGAAGGGUGGCUUAACUCAUUGGGUAGACAAACUGAGGUUGUUAAUAGAUACCCUGAGACCCAUUUGAGAGCCAUGGGCAAUGAACUCCCAAAACUCAUCAAGGAGGCAACUCAUCCACAGUUACCCUCUUGGUUACUUGGAUUAACUGCUGCAACUAGGCUUCAACCACUGGUUGUACCAGCUAGAACACAAAGGUUGAUUCCAUGGGAAGUAGAUUGGGUAUGCACAUGUGUUCAGCUCAUCAGUUCAACGCACCUUUUACCACUUUAAAGGAGGUCCAAAACAGAGUGAAGCAAUUGGUUGAUUCUCAUGGCAUUGAUAAGAUUUUGUAGCAGGGUCCUUACAUAUUCAAGUGAGGAGUGGCCAUGUGGCUUUUACAAACUAUUGCUGCGAGAGAGUGCAGAGGUUCACAAUGUCUCUAUUGAAAGCUUUUAAAGGACCAAUGCUGACUACUCCAUUCAGGUUUCUAUGUCAAAGGGUACAAGAUGUUGCAAGGAAGUGGUGAGGAUUCAGAAACCAGUUUUAGCUUUUCAACCUUGAGGACAAGGUUGUCCUAAGGGGGGUAGUAUGAUACAGUGUAAAUGGGGGUUAAUUG